GGGUGACCAAAGAUGCUUUAGUCUUCAUUUUUUCUGCUGAGGUCCAGACAGGUGGGCGAUUUAUCAUCUCUUGUGUGCCAUAAUUUUGCCCGAACUACGAUAGACAGCAUGGCUAGGUUUAUUCGGUUAUUCGUGGUUGUAGCUACCGUUUUUGUUGGAGUAUACUGUCAAUUUAACAAUGGAUUUAACAACAAUAACAAUUACAAUCAAAGACGGCAGCAAAAUAACAACUAUCAACCACGACAAGUGCAAAGUUUAAGUGCUAGUUGUCCAGAAGCCAAUGGAACUUUCCCUACUAGAACUUGUGAUGGAUACAUCCAAUGUACAAAUGGAGUAGCAGAAGAAAAAUUAUGCCCAGAUGGUUUACUUUUCAACGCCCAAAAUGGACCUCAUGGAUAUCCAUGCCAGUACCCUCUUGAAGUGGAUUGUACCGGAAGAGAACAAACACAACCUGCUCAGGCUACUGACGAGUGCCCCCAUCAGUUUGGUUACUUCAAAAUUGGGGACCAGAACAAUUGUGGGAAAUUUAAAAAUUGCGUAGACGGUCGCGGAUUCGAGUUCGAUUGUCCUGAAGGUUUGGCCUGGAACAGUGAAACUUACAGGUGCGACUGGCCCGAUCAAGUAUCCGAUUGUGACGCAGAAGCCUAUUUGGGAUUCACUUGUCCACCCGAUGCCAGACAAUUUGGACUGGGCCCUGAGGAGUACCGUUUUUUCCGUUCUCCACAAGACUGUCAAAGGUACUUCAUCUGUAUCGAAAGCAAACCUCGUCUGUAUAACUGCGGAGAAGGACUUGCCUUUAACGAUUUGAUUAAUGCAUGUGAUGAUGUUGAGAAUGUAACUGGUUGCGCUGGUCUAACCAGCGAAUUCCGUGGAGCUCCCACCAAAUUGGCGAAAUUCUCCAACCAGAACGCUCGUAAUAAGUUCAAUAAAUUCUAAAUGUUUUUUUUUAUUGUGCCAUGUACAUAAAUUUGUUAAAUAAAUUUAGUGCUUUUGUU